AUGGUGAUCCAGCGCCUCCUGGACCCCGAAACCAAGUACUGGCUGAGCCGGGAGAAGCGACGCCCUCGACUGGACCCUGCUGGCGGCCCGCACACGAUUGGCCCGAAUGGGGCUGAGCGAAGGGUCUUCGGUCCUGGAAAGGAACGCCAGGAGGAGGAACCUCAAGAGCUGGCUCUGCGCAGCAUCUCCAGACGCCUGGGAAAAGCCGGCGCUACCGCCUACCCCGGCCUGGCCGGAGCCGAGGGAGUGCCGAGCCAAAGCAACCCAGCCAGCCUGCGGAAAAGGGAAAGGCCGGCUCAAACCGCGGCCCUCGGAACCCCGCCGGGAACCCACUCGCCGGGAAUCCCGGAGAGCCAGCCAAAGGCGCGCCAAUACCCGGCGGAAGUCGAAGGAAGCGGCCCAAACGUUGCCAUCUCGAACUCCGUGCUGAAGGAUCUGCUGAGACCACAGAACACUUACACUCUGUACUGUCACGUGGGUGUGUAUGUGCGCAUGUGCAAGAGAGAAGCAGGGCGGGAGCCCCAGUGCACAAACAGGAAGCCCCCCUCCUCGGGGCUCCACCCCCUGAAGGACCUCCCGUGUAACCCCAGCAGAGAGCCCGCAGCCAGCAGGAAUGGCCCCCGAGACCCCGAGGCCCCCCUCCCAGAUGGUCAUCACAGUGACUUCUCUAAAGGAUCCUACGUGAUCGUGUGCUUCAUGAUCAGUGAUGUGGAGGGGUCAAUAACAUUCAAGGAUGUGGCCGUGGACUUCACCCAGGAAGAAUGGUGCCUAUUGGACCCUUCUCAGAAAGCACUGUACCUGGAGGUCAUGCUGGAGAAUGUGCAGAAUCUACUCUCUUGUGGAAAGGCUUUUGCACGGAGACACCAUCUUGCUGCACAUCAGAGUGUCCACACUGGAGAGAAACGUUAUGAAUGUAAACAGUGUGGAAAGGCUUUGAAACAGAGGGGCUGUCUUGCUGCACAUCAGAGAAUCCAUACUGCAGAGAAACCUUAUGAAUGUAAACAGUGUGGAAAGGCUUUCACACAGAGAGACUCUCUUACUGCACAUCAAAGCAUCCACACAGUAGAGAAACCUUAUGAAUGUAAACAGUGUGGAAAGGCUUUCAUACAGAGGAACCAGCUUGCCGUACAUCAGAGAAUCCACACUGGAGAGAAACCUUAUGACUGUAAACAGUGUGGAAAGGCUUUCAUACAUAGGGGCCAUCUUGCCAGACAUCAGACAAUCCAUACUGGGGAGAAACCUUAUGAAUGUAAACAGUGUGGAAAGGCUUUCACACGGAGAGACUAUCUUGCUGCACAUCAAAGCAUCCACACAGGAGAGAAACUUUAUGAAUGUAAACAGUGUGGAAAGGCUUUGAAACAGAAGGGCUGCCUUGCUGCACAUCAGAGAAUCCACACUGGAGAGAAACCUUAUGAAUGUAAACACUGUGGAAAGACUUUCUCUAACAGGAGCCAUCUUACUGCACAUGAGAGAAUCCACACUGGAGAGAAGCCUUAUGAAUGUAAACAGUGUGGAAAGGCUUUCAUACAAAGGGACCAUCUUGCUGCACAUCAGAGCAUCCACAGUGGAGAGAAACCUUAUGAAUGUAAACAGUGUGGAAAGGCUUUCAUACAGAGGGGCCAGCUUGCCAUACAUCAGAGAAUCCACACUGGAGAGAAACCUUAUGAAUGUAAACAGUGUGGAAAGGCUUUCACACGGAGAGACCAUCUUGCUGCACAUCAAAACAUCCACACAGGAGAGAAACCUUAUGAAUGUAAACACUGUAGAAAGGCUUUCACUCGGAAGGACUAUCUUGUUGCCCAUGAGAGCAUCCACACUGGAGAGAAACCUUAUGAAUGUAAACAGUGUGGAAAGGCUUUCAUACAUAGGAGCAAUCUUGCCGUACAUCAGAGAAUCCACACUGGAGAGAAACCAUAUGGAUGUAAACAGUGUGGUAAGGCUUUCACAGAGAGGGGCAGUCUUGCCAGACAUCAGACAAUCCAUACUGGAGAGAAACCUUAUGAAUGUAAACAGUGCGGAAAGGCUUUCACACGGAGAGACCAUCUUGCUGCACAUCAGAGCAUCCACACUGGGGAGAAACCUUAUGAAUGUAAACAGUGUGGAAAGGCUUUCACAGUGAGGGCCUCUCUUGCUGCCCAUCAGAGAAUCCACACUGGAGACAAACUUUAUUGUAUGGAAUAA